CUGCAAGGGAACUUAGGAAGCUGAGGCGAAGAGGCGAUCAGUCAAGAAGCAGCAGAAUGGCGGCAUCUUCGGCAUCUCAGCAGCAGCAGUCCAUCACUGUCAAGUUCGAGGCUCAGGAUGGCACCAGCGGGCCCCUCGUCAUCUCUCGGCAAGUCGCACAGCAGUUCGGUUUCUUCAAUGCGGUGCGAACACACGUGCAUGCAGGCUGGCGUGCGGAACACAUGACAUCGUUCUGUCCGGCAGAUGCUUCGUGGCGAGUUCAGUGAGUCGAGUGAGCGGUCGGUGGUCCUGCGAGAGGUCUCCCGUGACGUGGCAGCGGUGGUGCUUCGGACGCCGAAUGACAUUGUCAGAGAUCUGACACAGGAGGUGAGCAGCAGAAUGAUUCACUGCUGUCACUCACGUCUGCGUGUGUGUGGCGCGGCGUGGUGAUCGAUCAGAACUUCAUUGCCUGCUUAGAGGCCGUUGAUUUCCUUCAGUACGAGAAGCCACGGAGCAUCCUCAAAGCCAUCAAACCAAAGGUAGCCACGGAAAUGGGAAUCCAUUCGUUCACCGACUCUCAUCAUCUGUUGUUCAGGUGGUCCGCAAUAGGUGGCUGUCCGACAAUGACAUCGCCAGUGCGCUGCUCAAGGCGUCCUUCCGGCGACCUCUCAUCAGGUUCGUUCACUCGUAGGCAUCUUGGUGUGUUGCCUGACCACGCGUGUGUGGGUGUGGGUGUGGGUGUGUAUUCAGGCGUUUCAUCUCCGAGCAUGACGAGGUGCUGUCGGCAUGUGGGCCCUUCGUCCUGCAGAGUGCAGGAGAAGUCGCGGCGGUGUGGGACAACGCACCACCAUCCACAUCCCAAGACGACGGCACGGACAACAUUGAGGAUGGUGACGGUGAUGGGAAGCCCACUGCGGCCAGCAGUGCACCACUCGAGUAUGUCAUGUCACUGCUGAAUCGCCUGUUGCGUUCGUUGGAGGCUGGCACCUAUGACGUCUCGCUGUCGAGCCUCAAGCGCUUCGCCACUGACGCGACGCGGUCGGGAAGCUUCCCUGAGGCGGCUGCCGAUAUCUUCGAGUGCACCAAGUAAGGGGCAAGCAAGCCGCCUUGCAUGCUGCAUUCAUGUGUGGAGUGGAUGCAUGUGUGUUAUGUAUGGCUGUGGACAUUUGCAGGUUGUCUGAGGAGAAGGCCGUGGAGAUCACGUCACCCGGGGAGGGCAAAGGCGACAAGACAGAUGACGGCCGAUACGUCGCCGUUCUGCACGGCAGCGAGAGAGAGUGUGACGCCAAGCUCGAGUUCGACAUCCGCAGCGGGCCCUACGAUGAAGAAAGUAGCAGUGAGGACAUGAAGUUGGCCGGCGUCAGAACAUUCGACAUCACUGCCGACUACUGCGGGCAGGCCAACGAGCGGUCAGUGAUGACUGUGAGAUGACUGAGGUUGUCGUCGAGCUCCUGCUAUUCUCUGUCUCGUGUGCAGGACGGUCUUCUGCUAUUCGUUUCGUGCGGACAUCUCCAUCGACACCGACAAGGAGCCCAUCAAGAUCGAGAAGAAGGAGUUUGAUUUCUCUCAAGGAUUGGCAAACAUGCCAGUGUUUGUCAUCGGCCUCCUUUGGACACAGCCUAUCACCAACGUGCUCGUCAUCCCAUUCAAGGACAGCGAGGCCUUUGAGGGCAAGGACACCACUGUGGCGUCUGUCAAGGCGUCUGUGACGAUCCGCCACUAUCCGAUGAGGUGCCUGGUGCUCCACUGCCUGCGCCUGAUGAUCCGCGAGGGCCAGUGGGCAGACAUGCAAGGCGUCGGCGCCGCCAUCACACGACAGGUGCGCAACGUGCAAACAACACAUGGCGCCGUCCGGUCUUCAUGUGUGUGGCUGUGUGUGUCUGCAGGUAGCUGAGCAAAUGGCUGUGUAUCUGGCCAGAAUGACGGCAGACGGCGUGUCCCCGCUGCGUGUGCUGACGUCAUGGAUGAGCGGCUGGGGCAGCGAGCAGCACUUGGACGAGUGGACCCGCAGUGAGGUGUCGUACGCCGCCCUGUCCACCGCCGUGAUGGAGACCCACAUCCGAGACCUGGCGCCCUUCAUCCGAGUGUUCGGCCAGCUGAUCGCCGACAAAGGCGGCCGGGACGAUUCGGUGGACAAGAUAGUUUUGAGGUUGCAGGACGAACCCGACACCCUGCGCACAUUCAUCGAGUCCAUGUUUGAUGAUGGGGCAUCGGGAGGGCUCAGCACAGCCUCUGGCGGGUCGAGGAAGAGAGGAAGGAUCAGCAUCGGUGUCGAGUGCACGGUUGGCCGCCAGGAGGGCGGGCACCAAGGCAGUCGGUUUAGAGCCAUGAAAGCGUUGUUAGUCGUAUUGAUAGACUGACUGAUAGACGGACAGACAUGCUACGUGUCAGCUACAAUAUUCGGUCCAGAGGCAGCAGAAGAGCAGGGCUUUACUACAUUUGCAAACUAC